AUUUACUGAUGAAUUGACAGAAGGCAGUGCGCGUGCGUAAUGAAAAUGGAAGCAAAACAUUCGUAUGUCACUUUUCUGCUUUUAUUUAUAUUUUGCACUACCGUUGAAAGUUUUCUGGAUAUGGAAGAGCUAAGGAAUAUAAAUUAUGGCAUAGAUAUACUCAAUAUACCCGUUCUAUUAUCGGCACAGGAUGACAAUAAACACAGUGAUACAAUUGAUGUGACAUCAAAGCAUGGCCAGACAUAUCGCUGUACCAUACCCAAUCAGGUGGAAGCGGAGAAACAGAAAGAGGAGGAGGAGAAAAUAGCCAUGGAAACGGGAGUGCCAGAGUUGCUGAAAGCUAUGGAGUCAGGACCUUGUCUUUUUAAGACAAGAGACUGGUGGAGUUAUGAGUUUUGUUAUGGAAAACAUGUACGGCAAUUUCACAUGGAAGAUGGCAGAAUCUUAGGAAAUGUCAUCAUGUUAGGAUAUUAUGAGUCGGAGUUUGAUUGGAAAAAUGAAACAAAUAUGGAAAUUAAAUCAAGAAACAAAAACCGAUUGAAUCGCUACCACAGUCAACAGUACAUCAAUGGCUCCAAGUGUGACCUCACAGGAAAAGCCAGGAAAACCGAAGUCAGGUUUCUUUGUGAGGAAGGAUCAGGUGAUUUCAUAGCCAGACUAGAUGAACCAGAGACAUGUUCAUAUGUAAUGACGAUUCACACUACCAAGAUCUGUCACCAUCCGUACCUCAAACUCCCUACCUACCAGAAACCUGUCCCCAUCACGUGUAACCCAGCCGUCUCAGAAGAGGUCUAUCAGGGCUAUCUUAAGGAAGAGGAAGAAAAGAAAAUCCUUAAAGAAAAGUUAGCAGAGGAACAGAGAAUAGAAAAAGAAUUGAGAGAUGCAGAGGUAUUGUUUAAAUCAGAUGAAAAAGUGAUUGAUUCCAAAGUUCAGAAAGAAAUGCCCUUGCCAGAUUCUGUUAAAAAAUCUUACAACAGUCGCACAUUUGAAUUCAAAGAUGUGUCAGAUUUAGAUGCUGGUCAGGACAUGUCAAAGAUAGAAAAACUGAUAUCAGCAGGGCUGAAAGAUGACCUGGUCAAAGUCUCGGAUCAGUUGGGAGGAGAGGACGUGAAAAUGAAAGUAAAAGUAAUUACAAACAUGGAUGACUUAGAGGACAUGUUGAAUGAGGCACAGGCAGAGGUGGAAAACUUGAUAAAGAAGAAAAAGAAGGAGGACAAAGAAUCAGUCGCAGAGGAGAAAGAAAUUACCUCAGAGGGUGAGGACGAGGAGGAGGAGGAGGAAACACAGAAGGAGGAGGAAAAACAGAAGGAGGAGGAAAAACAGAAGGCCACCACACUGAAAUUUGAAAAGAAAUCUAUCACAGAAAAAAUUGAAGACACCGUUAGUGAUAUAGACAAGGAACUAGAUGACGUGGAUGAAAGGGUUCAUCAAUCAUUCAAAGAUAUCCAAGAUGAUGAAAUUGACAGUGUCAGAGAGGAAUUGACUAAAAACAGGAAUAAUUUAGCUUCUAUCAAAGAAUCUCUGCGUAAAACCAUGGAAAAUAAAUUUGAUGACAUUAUAGAAGAGGCAGAGAAAGAAACAGGUAUAGAAGUAGAGGACAGAAAGGGAGCCCACAAAGAGCUGAGUAAAACCUUAAACAAACUGGUGGAUAGACUAGAUAAAACAGAGCAAGAUAUUCUGAAUGUUGAUGAAGAGUUGGAAAAGUUAUCUAAAAGAAAUGACAAUCUGCAAAAGAAACUGGAUGAGGAAUUAGAUGACAUGGCAAAGGGUCCAUCUAAAACAGAAAAAUCAUCAUCGAAGAAUCAGCCUGCAACGUCUUCAUCGUCAUCUUCAUCAUCAUCAUCGUCAUCAAAAGAUCGCAUCAAAAUAAGAGUGACCAAACUAAACAAGGGAGAGUUUCAAAAGAAUUCCCUGAAGAGCACCACCCAAACUCAGAAACUGGAGGAGGACGUACAAGCCCAGCUGCAGAAGGCGGGGCUGGAUCUGGGAAAUGGAAAAAUUCAGGUGAAGAUUAUAACAACAGGAUAUGUUGAUGAUAAAGAUGAUGUUCAUCUCCUGUCAUCAGAGGAUACCAGUGCAUUCAAAAAUAUGAUCGUCUCCAUUUUGGGAGGGGAUGAUGAGGCUGCUCAGGAGGAAGCCAAGCAUUCAGAGCUGGAGAUGAACUACAACAAGGUGUGGGGGAAGGACCAAAAGAAAUCUCACGACAUUCCAUAGAGCACCUGCUCACCGCCUAGGUCCACAACCUCCCAAUGCUCAGUGUCUUUCAUGGAUAUAUUUUUGGUGUUGUUUUUAUUUAUAUUUUGAUUGAAGUCAUAUAAUAGGUUGAAAGGUUGGCAGUUGUUUAUUUUGAAGUCAUUUGAUAGGUUGAAAGGUUGAUAGUUUUUUUUUAAGUGAAAUCAUUUGAUAGAUUGAAAAGUUGAUAGUUUUUUUAAUUGAAAUCAUUUGAUAGGUUGAUAGUUUUUUUUAAGUGAAAUCACUUGAUUAGUUGAUAGAUGUUUAAUGGAAGUCAUUUAUUCAGUUGAAAGUUGUUUUCUUGUAUCACCAAAAAUCAAGCUUGUUGAUUAAAACUUAAAAUGAGAGAGAGAGAGAGAGAGAGAGAGAGAGAGAGAGAGAGAGAGAGAGAUGCUUUAGUAAUGGACUUAGGAGUGAUUGUGGUAUUUUUGCAUGUCUAUAUUAUAUACUGUAUAUAUGUAGCACCUCUAAACAAUUUGUAAAUGUAAAAAAUAAAAAAGAAAGUUUUUUUUAAGUAUGUGCUAUGCCCUGUUAGAUACUGCCUUCUUUUCAAGAUCUUAUUCAAUUUUUGCUUGUAUUGUACAGAUGUAUGUAAAAAAUAUAUUGUAUGUGAAAGGUAUAUUGUAUGUGAAAGGUAUGUUUGUGAAAGAUAUAUUGCAUGUGAAAGAUAUAUGUGAAAGGUAUAUUGUAUGUGUGAAAGAUAUAUGUGAAAGGUAUAUUGUAUGUGUGAAAGAUAUAUGUGAAAGGUAUAUUGUAUGUGUGAAAGAUAUAUGUGAAAGGUAUACUGUAUGUUAAAGGUAUACUGUAUGUGAAAGGUAUAAUGUAUGUUAAAGGUAUAUUGUAUGUGAAAGGUAUAUUGGUGCACAUGGAACAUCAUAUUGGUGGAUGUUUGUACAAUUUAUUUGACUGAAAUCUGGAGUUAGUCGUAAUAAAAUCAUAAACUCCAUUU